AUGUUUCUGGUCUACAAGGUGACUGAGGAGGACAUGAAGUUUGUGCCCAAAGGAAAGUUCCAGGUGCCCUUCUCCGUCAUCCCACAGCCCUUGAGGGCUGGAGACUAUCUCGUCACACGACUCCCCGAGAAGAAGGUUGUCUUCUGCAGCCGAAACGCUGAGCAGAUCUUUCUCUCGCGCGAGAAUUUCGAGGUCCAUUUCGCCUUUGCAAGCCCUCUGAUGUACCCGGCCCUCUCCAUCGGCGGUGAGCUUGAAGGCCUCCGCAGUUCCGGUGCAGCCGUUCGAUUGACUUGCGCCACGCGCGAGCUGCACAUCUCUUGCCACACGAUCCAAGUCCGUAGCAAGGACGGAGUGCAGGUGAAUGCGCUGGUGGAGAACAGUCGUGCCUUCAAUGCGGUGUCACCCCAGGAUUUAGCCACCUGGGUCAUCGGUGGCGGCCCUGCGCCACAGCUGCUCGUCCUCCUGAGCUGCUACUCGGAGGUGCGUGCAGAGAAGUCUCUCCUGGACUCGGCAGCCAGGGACUUUACGACCACCUUCUAUGCCGAGCUCCGCACCCAGUGCAAUGUGGAGCGCGCCUUCCGCAUCACACUGGAGAGCAUGCGCGCCUCCAGGGAGCCGGGUGUGGCAAGCGAAGCCUCGAAGUUGGUACUGCUGCCCGAGGAAGCUGCAAAAGAAAGCGCCGAAAAGGCUUCGGAGACAGCAGAGGAUGCGGCAAAGGCAGCUCGACAGGGUGCUCAAGAAGUAGCUGACACCUCUGCUCGUUGCCUGGACAAAGCCUCGGAUGCAGCGGCUGAUGCCGGCGCAUCAGUCCAGCAAGGUGCUAAGGACGUGGCUGACACAUCGGCACCCUAUGUCGAGAAGGCUCGCCAGGGUGCCAAGGACGUUGCUGACGCAUCGGCACCUUAUGUCGAGAAGGCCCGUCAGGGUGCCAAGGACGUUGCUGACGCAUCGGCACCUUAUGUCGAGAAGGCCCGCCAGGGUGCCAAGGACGUGGCUGAGGCAUCGGCACCUUAUGUCGACAAAGCCCGCCAGGGUGCCAAGGACGUCGCUGACGCAUCGGCCCCUUAUGUCGAGAAGGCCCGCCAGGGUGCCAAGGACGUUGCUGACGCAUCGGCACCUUAUGUCGAGAAGGCCCGCCAGGGUGCCAAGGACGUUGCUGAGGCAUCGGCACCUUAUGUCGACAAAGCCCGCCAGGGUGCCAAGGAUGUCGCUGAUGCAUCGGACGUUGCUGACGCAUCGGCACCUUAUGUCGAGAAGGCCCGCCAGGGUGCCAAGGACGUUGCUGAGGCAUCGGCACCUUAUGUCGACAAAGCCCGCCAGGGUGCCAAGGAUGUCGCUGACGCAUCGGCCCCUUAUGUCGAGAAGGCCCGCCAGGGUGCCAAGGACGCUGCCGACGCAUCGGCGCCUUAUGUCGAGAAGGCCCGCCAAAGUGCCAAGGAUGCUUAUGACGCUGCUGGUCCAUGCCUCGAGAACGCGCAGAAGAAGGGGCAGGACAUGGCGGAUGCCUCAGCGCCCUAUGUCGAGAAGGCUCGUCAAGGCAUGCAGGAUGCAUUCGAUGCAUCGAAACCGUACCUUGACAAGGCCCACAAGGGUGCCCAGGAUGUGGCUGACGCCUCAGCGCCGUACGUCGAGAAGGCGCGCCAGGGUGCCAAGGACGCCUACGAUGCUUCUGCUCCCUACCUUGAGAAGGCCCAAAAGAAAGGACAGGACAUGGCCGAUGCCUCAGCACCUUACGUCGAAAAGGCUCGCCAGGGUAUGCAGAACAUGGCCGAUUCCGCGUUGCCUUGGUUCCAGAGAGCCACGGAUGCAGCACGCCAAGGGGCCCAAAAGGUGGCAGAUGCCUCAGCCCCCUACUUCCAAUCGACCUCGGAGCAAGCAUCAAACGCGCCCGCCGCAGCCCACACGAACGCCGAGAAUGCUCUCAACACCUCGGAGAAGAAUUGGGGCUGGCUGUCGUGCGACAGCUGCCAGGCAACUACAUCCGAUGAGGUGGUCGUGGAGCAGGGA